AUGUCCCUCGUCCGCCGCCGCCUCCUCUCCACCGCGGCGGCGGUUGCCGCUGCUCGCGGCCCACCGCCGGUUCGCGUCGCCUUGACGGACUCAGCCGGCCGUGGAGUCUUCGCUACCCGCCCCAUCGCCAACGGCGAGGUCCUCCACUCGGCGCAGCCUCUCGUCACCCAUCCGUCCCGCUCUCUCUUCCACGAGGUGUGCUACCGCUGCCUCAGGAGGAAAGCGGGGAAGGGCGGCGACUCCAGAGGGGACUGCUACUUCUGCAGCGACGCGUGUCGGGAGCAUGCCGAGGGAUUCCAUGGCAUUGAAAAGAAGGCGGAUUGGUCUUUGUUAGAUGACCACUGUAGUUCACGUGGUCUCAAGUACCCAUACAUGGUCAAGCGGCUAGCUUGCAUGGUUAUAUCAGGAGAUGUUGGUGCAGAUUGUCUUGACAUUCUUCAGCCAGCCCAAUUGCACCAGGGUACACUUAUUGAGAUGGAAGAGGAGUUUGAAUUGUUGAAGUCCACUUUUAGGAAGGCAGGGUUUCAGGAAGAACUCACAACUUUAUUAGUUUUGACCAAACAAUGGUACAUCAAUGUACUUGCAAGAAUACGUGUAAAUGCAUUCCGUAUUGAAUUGGUUGCAAGUUCAUAUGAGGAUCUUCUAUCCUCAGCAGUAGCGUCGGUAACAUGUGAUGCAUCAGUUGGCAAUGCUGUAUAUAUGCUCCCCUCGUUCUACAACCAUGACUGUGAUCCAAAUACUCACAUAGUUUGGCUUGAAAACGCAGACGCUAAAUUGACGACCCUUCGUGAUAUUGACGAAGGUGAAGAGCUGCGCAUCUGCUACAUUGAUACAAGCAUGGAUGUGAACGCCAGGCAGAAGAUUCUCACUGAAGGAUUUGGCUUCCAGUGCCGUUGCCAACGGUGCUUAUCUGGGGACUAA